UGCUCGAGGAGAAAUCCCUAUUGUUGGAGCUAACCAAAGAUCCUAGUGAGAGCGAUAGUUACCCUGAUUCAAAUCCAAUCGGCAGCCGGUUCUAGAUUGUUGUAUCAAGCCUACGUUUACAGCAUCCUCCCUUUACCAGGAUACGACGAGUUGGACUGCCACCAUUCACACAUUUUCAUGAAGAUGCGAGAUUCCACCAGACAAGUCUAACAGUAUGCUCUCGAUACCAUAAAUAUGUCAAAGCGAUUUCGCCCUCCAUGGAUACUAUCGAAUUCCCUUUCGAGGGACCAGUGACUAGGGCGGGUGCUGGUCAUUUCAACCAAAGUUGCAGCAGUCUCAAUCAAGAGCGUAUGUUUUCUACAGGUUUUCCCAGGAGAGUAACUAUUCCAGGAGGGGGAUUAUUGCAAGUUUCAAGUCUCGAGUCGGAGCAAAGGAAAAGGGAACAGGAGAGGAAGAAAAAAAAAGAUUGCGUUAUGAUUAUUGAGCAUCCCCUUCCAAGACCCGGACAUUGCAGCGCAGGCAAAGCGAGGCCAUAAGGCACUAGAAGGGUAUUAUUAAAUCCAUACGGGUUUUCGCACUCGCACUGUCGGCAAGCUACUCUUAACGGAGUAAUCUGUCAAGGUGGUUGAAAGUGUGCACAAUCCUCGGCUUUCCUGUGGCCAAUUUAUCAAUAACUAUCUCUUGGCCCGGCUGGCAGUGGGUAUUGCCGGGGGGGAUUAAUAGAGAAAUAUACAGAGUAAAUCGGAGUUCUUCCUUGAGACCUUAUGGGACGGAGAUAGAGGGAGAGAAGGACAUAGGGUUCAUAUAUGUAUAUUUUAUAUAUGUAUUUAUAUAUAUAUAUAUAUAUAUAACACACAGUUCCAAGUUCCUGGCAGGAUAAAUAUAGGUAACCUUUUUGAAGUCAGAGUCGCAUCCAAUAAACUCGCUGCCCAACCACGUCACCUAGCAGCGCCACCGUUGAAUCUUGCAGCAUUUUCUUCAAUUUCCAUCUGCCCCUCAUUUGUUAUUUCUCAGAUGUUUGUUGUUGACUUCUCUCAACCUCAACCUUCAACCACACCUCUAUUUUAUUCGUUCUUCAAAAUCACCACAUCUAAUCCUGACAUUAUCCCUCGCUUUCUAUUCCAUUUUUCUCUUGAUAUCUCAGCUGCCUAGCCCGGACCCUCUGGACUGGACUUCCCUGGAUUGUCGUCUGAACGCCCUCCUCUCCUGGAUUCUGGCCGCCACAAUCUCUCUCUAACCGCUGGACAUCAAGGACUCGGUGGAAUCCCGCCAGUUUAGAUAUAACUACGAUAAUUAGCUAGCUUAGGUGUUAUCAUAGUCUCAAAAAGAAACAAGAUACAAGAUACAAGAUACAGAUUUCUACUUCGCUACCAGUCAUCUUCUCUAUCUCCAUCCUUCCAUCCCUCCAUAUUCCAUCCCUUCCGCCCCCCUCUUGAAAAAGAAGGGAGAGAAAUCGUUUUUUCUCAUCUCUUAGAUACCUCCCCUUUAUUUACUCUGGAAGAACAAAAGAACAAAAGGGGCACCUCAGGCAGAAUAGAAACUAUGUCUUCUUCAGUGCUUCAUCACUGUACUUACUGCGGUCACGAUUCCGAGAUCUCAAAUUCCCUGGCUGCCUUCGCUGAAAACCCCUACUGCCGUCAGUGUGGCCUAUCCGCUGCGGAGGGCGAUUCCAAAAUGCAAGACGACCUAGCCAUCCUCUUUGCCCGGCAGAUGAGUGUGGCGGGUAUCUCCAACCCAAAUCAAAACACCGCAAGCCCUCCUCAAUCAAUGGUACCUGCAGUUAUACCCCCGACCCCUGAUAUGUCCCCCUCACCCCCUUCUACCCCCUCCACCUCCAUCCCCCGCCCAAUAGCCUACAGCAUAUCUCAGCACUACCAUCACUCCGCCCACCAGCUCCCCGGCACGGGUGCAUGGUCAACGACGCUUUCCGCCACCCUGCACGCGAUGCAGCAGGCAGGAAUCUCAGCAGAAGAAAUGCUAUUCCAACACAACGUGGACCCAACCGCCCUCUUCCCAUCUCAGCUGACCCUCUUCACGCAAGCAGACGUGGACCAGAAGUCGCGCCUGAUCGAACUAUGGCAGAUUUCACGGCCGAGUGCUGGCAAAGGGAGUCAGAUGUCAACUUCGUCCCUGCCGUCUAACAUGCACUUUUCUUCCCAGGACGCCAUGGCCACCGACGUGGAUAGUAUGGAUCGAGAUACGCGGAGUGCAACCGGAGUCGAUCACAACCAACAUGAACACGCAGAACCAUACGUUAUGUCUGGCUACGAGGCCCUCGCACAGCGCGAAUAUAACGCAUCAGCCGCCAGGGAUGCGUGCGAACAGGCGUUCGCGGUGGCAUCGCAAUUUUCUGUUGCUGGUGCUGCUGCCGGUGCUGCUGCCGGUACUGCUGCUGCUGGGACACCGGCACUCUCGUCGUACAAACCGGCCGUUGACCCGGUGUACAAAGGGCAUGAUUGGUGGGGUCAUCACGACCAGCAAGGUCAGCAGCAGGGACACGGACAAGGUGUGUCAGAGGCAGAGUUGCUACUGCAGCCGAUGGAGAAUCAGUACGGCGCGUUCGAGCAGCGGAGUAAUACCAUGUAUAUGGGUUGUGGGAUUAGGCGGGCGCAUUGGCUGGAUGAGCAGGAGAUGCUAUAGCUAGUUGUUUAGUUAUCUAAUUAGGUAAGUUGGUUAGUUAGGUAGAUAAUGUCUCCUCUCUUCUGAAUAUAGUGUUUAUUUUGCUGAUCGAAAGGGACUUGAGGUUUGAUUGAAAAGAAAUUAGUUAGGGCUUUUUGCUUCUUUGGGACAUAAACGGCGUUUGAAACACUCCCCUCCCCCCUUUUUUCUCUCAAAUUGUCUCAAGUUCGAUCCUCCACACGGGUUAUAGGGACAAUUUUGAAUUGCAGAUUGAUUGCUUGUGUUUAGGACGCAAUUUUUAUCGCUCUAGUCGCGGUGAUUGGUUUCAGUUCUUUUUUCCUUUGUUCGCAGGAUAUCCCAAUAUUGCCUUACAAUCGAUGCUCAGCUUCAAUUUACUAUUGUCUUCCAAUCCGUUCAUUACAACCCCUUAACAUACACUUUACUUUAUUUCCUUAACUGUUUUCCCCUAAUUCAUCCUUAUUGUUUCCCCCUUUUCGUUAUUAUAUUUUCCCCUUUUAUUUGCUCCUUUUCUACUGUCCCGGCUCAUACCAAUGCCAAAGACGCUUUUACUUCCAACAUAUAGAUAGGAUCAUUCCAUUUCCUCGCUCUAUCUCUCUCGCUCUUUCUCUCUUUCUAUCAUAUUUCCAAUAUGAAACUCGGGGAACUAGAAUGAUAAAAAUGGGAAAAACUUAAAUUUCACGAAGGAAGUGUGGAUCAAAUCUCCUAUCUCCAAUCUAUCACUCCGUUCAUCUCAUCUCAUAUUAGAAGAAUACGACAUCAAGCCCUCCAAAUUUCAAUGAAGAACUUGAUUUUUACGCCCUAGGAACCGGAUAGAUAGUUCUGCAGCACAAAAUAAAGACUCAACCAAAACACCCCAGUCAGGUCUUUGAUAUUAUUUCCACUGACAUGUUCAUUCAAAUCUCUGUUUUUCAAUUUAUUUGACCGAAGGAUUUUAAUGUCGUCCGUCGCGCGAAUCUCAUAAGUGCUGCAUCAUUUUGUGCGCAUACAGGAACCACAAAGCAAUAUGUUUUCCAAAAAAGUGGUGUUCGUUCAUUAAUCAAAAUAUGCGGAAAUAAAAGACAGCAUUUCUAGAAGGUCCAAAUCUCAUUCAAUCCUCUAUCCGGUCCGUUAUUCGUUCCUAUGAUUGAAUUUCACAUAGUACCAAAAAACCGCGCGGCUAAAUAUGCCAGGGGGCAGCAAGCCGCGUCUUGGCACCAUUUAUUAACAUCUAUGGUUGAUGACGUCGUUGGUGGUUGAAGGCGAGGAUUAUUAUGAUUAUUACUAGAUCUCAAGUAGUAUAGAGUAUAUCAUUGAGAAAAUUCUUCAUUACUCUUAAUUUGAAAUCUAGUAUGGUUCUGAUUCUUUGACAUCUCUCUCAACUAGACUGUUCAGAGAAAAAUCAUCAAAAUCUGAUUAAAUCUGAGUGAAUAUAAAGACAUUCUUUUAUACACCCAUGUAUCUAUCUCACCAGGAGACCCAAUCGACAAAGAGAAACAAUUUAAAG